AUGACGAGUUCAGCGUAUUUCGCUAACAGUGAAACCGGAUAUUGGCCUUAUCAGCCUAUCAGUGACGGUCGACCUGGUGAUCAGACGCUCUUUCACGGCUCUGCUGGUUAUCAGGUGCCACAGCAACCUAGUCCGUCUGGUUACGUCACUAGAAGUUCACAGGAAGUGACGCCGCCGUCGAGUCUCUUGGAAACUUUGUUAAGACAUGGGAAAGAGGCUAUUGGCGAUGGUUAUGUUAAUUCCAAUGUGAAAUCUACUGGUCAGGCUGCUCCUGCUACGGUUACGCAUAUUCCAUGUCAGACGCCACCCUACACGCCAUCUUCUUCGUCGGAUAGAACUUCCCCAUUGAGUGGACUCCUUGGGGAUUCUGUGAAUCCUGAACGGUUUCAGCAUCAGCAACAACCGGAUAUUCGUAUCGGAUAUAGGCAACCAUAUCAGGGUUAUUCUGCGCCGGCGCAGACCGGAAACUGUGCCACUUCGAUGAUGACACCCACUUCGCCGACGGGAUUCGAGACGAUGCAACCCGGAUAUCCUUCUUAUGGGAAUAAUAAUAAUGGGAAGGGAAGCCCCAAAGAGAGCAGUGAUUUUGGGGAAGAUCCACCUCAGAGACAAGUUGAUUACCCUUGGAUGAAGUCGAACUACUCGAACGCCGACGUCGGUGGCGUAGGACAAAAGCGCACAAGACAAACGUACACGCGUUUCCAAACCCUGGAGCUGGAGAAAGAAUUCCACUUCAAUCGUUACCUAACGAGAAGACGUCGCAUAGAGAUAGCACAUGCUCUGUGUCUCACAGAGCGCCAGAUAAAAAUAUGGUUUCAAAAUCGUCGUAUGAAGGCCAAGAAAGAUGGAAAAAUGGGAUUCAAUCCCCUAGAUUCAAAUGUUCCUGAAGAGCUGAAUACGAAUCAGCCUCCGACUGGAGAAUCAUUGCUAUUGAACGGUGGUAAUGGAUCAACGAGUAUGAUGAUGCAAAGUAAUCCAAAUCAGAAAGGUACUAAUCAACAACAAAACUCCCUGCAUCAACAUCAACAACAACAGCAGCAACUUCACGCGGCUUACUUGAGCUAUCACCAACAACAGGGACCUUACGCGGGUCAGGAUUACGCCCGGCAACAGCAGAACUACGGUCAGCCCACGAAGUUGGAGCUGCACUCUGGAUCGUGA